AUAUAGACCUACACAUCCAGUGAAACUGUCCUCGAAGCAGUCCAAAUUGAUACUCAUCAUAUAUUCCUCUCAUUCCGCGAGCAGCGUGACUUCCAGGUGACGAUGAUGCUGCUGAUGCCGCCGCUGCUGUGGGCGGAGCCCUUCGCUCCUGUUAAGAGGCCGGCGGACCGCGCGGCCAGACGCAGCAGCUUGGAGCGCAAGCCGGUCCGCCGGUUCACUUUACGCAUGUAUCCAGGAGACGACUUGGAAGGCAACAUCGGGAUGCAGAUGAGUUUCUUCCUUUGGGGAAAAACCAAACAACGAUGCACCGUCAUUCUGCGAGCUGCCAAACCACAGCGUGCAUUUAUUUUCAAAUCUGAGGUUAACCGCUUAAAGCUUUAAAGUACCCCCCCCCCCGCAUACAAUAGGCGGAUAACUAUAUGUGACUCAUUUGCUUCCCACUGACUGGUCAGUCUUCCUUAGAUCACACUAAAAGUUGGUGGAAACUUUAUUCGCCGCUUGUAUUUCAUCAGACACACAUUCCGUUUCGUACAACUACUAAACACUUCAAUCAUGGCCACCAUGGAAGCAGCUGACAUCAUCGUCGUAGCGGUCUACUUCAUUCUGGUUCUCGGUAUCGGCUUCCUGGCGAUGUGGAAGGCCAAUCGGAGCACGGUGAGCGGCUACUUCCUGGCCGGUCGAUCUAUGAACUGGGCUACCGUAGGAGCGUCUCUCUUUGUCAGCAACAUAGGCAGUGAGCAUUUCAUCGGUCUGGCCGGUUCGGGAGCUGCCAGCGGCUUCAGCGUGGCUGCGUGGGAAUUCAAUGCUCUGUUGCUGCUCCAGUUGUUAGGCUGGGUGUUCAUCCCCGUUUAUAUUAAUUCUGGAGUCUACACGAUGCCGGAGUACCUGUCCAAACGGUUUGGAGGCAGGCGACUGAAAGUCUACUUUGCUGCUUUGUCUCUCAUCCUUUAUAUCUUCACCAAGUUGUCCGUGGAUCUCUAUUCUGGGGCCUUGUUCAUCAAGGAAUCCUUGGGGUGGAACUUGUAUCUGUCCAUUAUCCUUCUUAUCGGCAUGACGGCUUUGCUGACGGUCACCGGAGGACUGGUAGCCGUCAUCUACACGGACACCGUCCAGGCGUUUCUCAUGAUUGCCGGAGCCCUCUGUCUUACAGGCAUCAGCCUCUUCAAAGUGGGAGGACUUGAAGGAGUGAGGACCAAGUACAUGCAGGCUGUUCCCAACGUCACUGCUAUCGAGCUGUCUUUCAACCUGACGAUUCCUGAGUCCUGCCGCUCCCACAUCUACCCAAAAUCAGAUGCGCUGAGGAUCCUUCGAGGUCCGACGGAUCCAGAUCUUCCUUGGCCUGGUUUUUUACUGGGCCAGACUCCAGCUUCAAUAUGGUACUGGUGUGCAGAUCAAGUGAUUGUACAGAGAGUUCUGGCAGCGAAGAACAUCGCUCAUGCCAAAGGGUCCACCCUCAUGGCUGGUUUCCUCAAAAUCCUCCCUAUGUUUGUCAUUGUCAUCCCAGGGAUGAUUGCCAGGAUCUUCUUCGCUGAUGAGUUGGUGUGUAUCAGUCCAGAGCACUGCAUGAAAGUGUGCGAAUCCGCAGCUGGAUGUAGCAAUGUGGCUUACCCCCGGCUCGUCAUGUCGGUGAUGCCGCUCGGUCUCCGCGGUUUGAUGAUGGCCGUCAUGAUUGCAGCUCUAAUGAGCGACCUGGACUCUAUCUUCAACUCAGCCAGCACCAUAUUCACACUGGAUAUAUACAAGAUGAUACGAAAGCAGGUGUCACCCAGAGAGCUGGUGAUAGUAGGCAAACUCUUUGUCGUUUUCAUGGUGAUCAUCAGCAUUGCUUGGGUACCGGUAAUCAUCAAAAUGCAGGGAGGCCAGAUGUUCUACUACAUCCAAGAGGUGUCAGGUUAUCUAACUCCGCCUAUAGCCGCUCUCUUCUUGCUUGGCGUCCUGUGGUAUCGCUGUAAUGAGAAGGGUGCCUUUUGGGGUGGGAUGGCUGGGUUUUUCCUUGGAGCACUUCGUUUGAUCUUGGCGUUCGUUUACCGCGAACCGCACUGCGAUCAGACUGACGAGAGGCCGGCCUUCAUCAAAGAUGUCCAUUUCAUGUAUGUGGCAGCCAUCUUGUUUUGGGUAUCGGCUUUUGUCACCAUCAUUGUGAGUCUCUGCACCGGCCCGCCCAGUGAAGAACAAAUUGGCACAACGACUCUGUGGGGGUUAAACAAGAGAAAGAAGCUGAGACGCCAGGAAACCCGCAACGCUGGAGAAGACAUACAUUCUUUGAAGCCUCUAACCCAUGCGACCUUAAAUGGAAAUGGUGUCACUGGUGAAGAAAAGAUGAGUCACAACCACGGAAACAAGCUGAAUGGUGCUGAGGCUAAUCUUGUAAAUGGUCAAUCGAGUAAUGGUAAUACUAUCACAGCCUGUGAUUUAGAAACCCAUCUUCCAGUCCAGAAUGGUUGCCAUCCGUUGAUUUCUGACCCUACAAAUACAGAAAAGGGAGAGGGAAGAGGGGAGAGGGAAGAGGAGGACUGUCUUGGAGGAGGAGGAGGAGUGGAUGGUGGAUGUUGUACAAAAGUUUUAGGCUGGUUUUGUGGCUUCCAAGAGAAACCAUCCAAAGCUCAGGUCAUUACAGCUGAGGAACAGGAGAAGAUUGUGGAUGAGCUUCUCCAUGAAUCUCCAAGAACCAGAAUCCUCCUAAACAUAGGAUUGAUGGUAAUUUGCUGUGUCGGAGUCUUUCUCUUUGUCUAUUUCUCCUUAUAGACUCAGUUAACUCAAGGCAGUGGACCAUAUUUGUCCUUAACUCAAUGGAAGGAAUGCUCUGCAGGUAAGCUUUCCUCUAGCUACGUUAACAUGGAAAUUGAAAUUAAUAUUUUCAUCUAUUCAGGGCAAUUUAAAGGCCUAGCUCAGUGAACUCACAGAUCCCUGCCUUUAAGAAGAUAAGUGAAAAUGUUUGGCGGUGAUACAGCACCACAAAUUGGAGUUAUGGUGGUAGGACAAAUUAAGAAAAACCGAACAGCCCACACCAACAAUAAUCUGUUUUGGUUAAACAUGCACUUCAUCAACCUUAUUAAGUCAUCACCAUUCAUCUGUUUGGCCUAGUUUAGGGCUGGCUAGUUGGUGAUCAACUCAUGGCAGUAACUUUGCCAUGUGUUUAUACUGUAAUGUGGAAAUAAUUGUCUCUUAUUUCCCACCAAUUUGGAGACAGGGUUUAACAGCCGCCACGUUGAUUCUACAUUGUCUGAAUUGAUAGAGAAUGCACUUUCAAGAGUUUGUGUGUUAACACUGUCAAGUGAAACUUUGUUUCUGUUUAGUCCUGCUUUGUGUCACUGCAAGUUGUAAUGUUUGUGGACUGUAUACCUUCUCAAGGCACUGUACAACUACUCAACACCACUGUGUAACACACAACACGGUUGGUUUACACUGUUUUGGUGAAGGUUUCAAGGUCUUAAUUUAAUUCCUUGUACAUGUAUUAUAGUGGUGUUUUUCCUUUUAGUCCACAUGACAAAAAAUCUGUUAGAAUAUAGCAGGAGAAGAAACGUUCAUUUGUAAAAGUUUGACCCACCGAUAGCUUUGCCGUAAGCUAAUUAAAUAAUAAAUCGAUGUACGAUUAUUUAAUGCACCUUUACACUGUAUUUUACACCAAAUAUUCAUUAAGUAUUCAAUUUACACACUCAUUAUUCUGUGAAUCUGUAAAUUAGCUUCCAACAAAUUUUUAUGCUUCAAAGCUAAAGCUAAUAUUGCCUCCAUCAGUUUUAGUACAGUAUGCUAACAUGUUAGCAUGUAACGACAGUAAAGCUAUUGAACCGCAACAUUCGGGGUAUCAUUUAUUUCUUCUGCGGUCAUUUGAAAUUCCUUUAUAUUUGCAGUAUUUCUGACAGUAGUCCACGAUGACGCCACGUCGAAUAGUUUUAAAUGAACAACUGAAUUCAUGUGACUGUUCUUUUGUUGUAUAACCUCAAGCCCCAGUGCAUUUUCCCAGCGGGGUCUGUUGUCAUGCUGUGACAACUCAUAGUGUAUGUGAAUUUAAUUGAGAUUUACUGUGAAUGUGCCUUUAAUGGAAACAUGUAAAUGAUUUUAUUUACUGUCUUUUCAAUCCUUUGUACUAUUUUGAAAAAAAACUUCAACUUCAAAAUUGCAUUCAAUGAAAUGCUCUCUUUUUCAUUUUUUUUACACUUAUUAUUAACUUCAAUGUGUCUCGCACACAAAUUAUUUUUUAAGGUUGAUUACACACAUUAAAGGCAGGAUUUCUAAUUCCAUCCUUUCUUUGUUUGAUCCUGACCAUUUAAUGGCAUAAAUGUUUUUGUUUUGUUUUUUAACUUUGCACUUAAACAGAAUAAAACUUAUUCCAGAAAGGGAACUUUAAGUCGAGUCAGAUUUACUUUUAAAAGUCAGUGUUUCUCACUGUUACGUGAGGAUUUAUUUCGGAUAUAUAAAGGUGCUGGUUCCAGGUUGUUUCAGCUGUAAAAAGUUCUUACAAGCUGUACUGCACAAUAAAAAAUAAAUAACUAAAAAACUCAA